CCUGACCCUCCCAAUUUGUUUCCAAAAGUUGAGCUGCCACAAUUGUGCCAUCUAGCGCACGUGCGUAUGUAUGUACGUAUGUAUGUUUUCCCCGUGGUGAUCGUCCUACCUCCCCCAUUUUGCAUUUGUCUUGGCUAAUCAUUGUAUGCGCCUGGCGGAGUUCCUAACAAUGGGCGGCAGCGGGUUGUACUCCGUUUAGCUGCCCUCUUCUUUGUCACUCUGCAGGCACAUUGGGGCGAGGAGACAGCGCGGCGACAGCGCGGCGACAGCGCGGCCUCCCCACCCAGGACUAUGUCAUCUGGCGGAGCGUCAAAGGGGUUGCUUGGUGGCGCCCCUGAAAGGGUAUAGCUCCACGUUAAGGGUUUCGCUGCUGGACCGUUUGGCCGCUCCCCCACGCUGCGCUUCUUCCACUGGGGGAUUUUUUUUUUUUUCCUCGUCUCACGGUACGAAGCUAAAGAACCACAUUUGGAACGAUGCGGUGUGCAAGUCGCCCCAAGGUGCGCACAUACAGUGGGAGGGCAACCCGCUUGCGUUACCCCCCGUCGUAGCUCCCUCCCGUGGAGUGGCGACCCCACUGUCCACAGUCAACUUUGAAGAGAAGAGCAUUUUGCAUGCCCCCUACGAGGACCCCUCCUUACCAGCGUUUUUACAUGUUAGCAGCCAUCUUCUACACAUAUUAAUCCCCCACUGUGAUGAGAAGGCAAAGGGCUUCGCCGUCGCGGAGAGGCACAGCCAGGUGCAGCGGUGAGUGACGCACCAAGUGUGUAAGCUCGGCCCCGAUUUUUUUUUUGAAUAAAACACAAGUCGCACCCGCUCUCUCCGAAGAAACGAUGGAAGAAGGCCCACUCGAGGGUAACCUGACGAGCCCCCCCUUUGACACUGAGCACUAUGGAAAUUUAAUCAAACGGGAAAGAAGCAACAGCCCCAGUGGGAGUUGCCACCAAGCGAACGAAGCAAGUGGUAGUGAUGGCGCAUUGAAGAGACAUACCCCCAAGGGAGGAGAAAACAAAUGGACGAAAAAUGAAAAAAAUAAAUGCAUCAUUUUUUCUACUCUCCUAAGAUAUAAAAAAUAUUUAACGAAAAAAGGAAACACCUAUUUUGACUUCAACCAGACAAACUUAGAGUUAAACGAGAAGGAGCUUCUACUCCAGAGCAGCAACUACUUUCACCUUUUUGACCUGAGCUCUCUCUUCUACCCCCAUGUGUAUGUUAAUGUAAAUUCGCACAUGAGUGUGAACAUUUCGAAUUAUUUGAAUUAUGUGAAGGGGGGGUCUCAAGAGAGGGACCACCCAGUGAAGGGGUCUCAAGAGAAGGACCCCUCAGUGGACCUCCCAACUGACGCAAGCCCCAUUAUGCAGUACGCCACCCGGCAGGAGUUCAUCUUGGAGGCCAUCCAAAAAGUGGAGCACAUAGAAGUCUUCAAAAAGGUGCAGCUCGUGAAAAAGCUCCUCCUAACGGUGAACAGGGAGGUCGCCCAGAAGGUCCAACCCUACGUAGACAACAUCCCGGAGGUGAACCCAAACGACUACAUCUGCGUGCAGACCAACCGGCAGAAUGACCUCCUCUUUGGCUACGUCAAAAGUAGCAAGUUCAAUUUAAUUUUCGAAGUUUUUAAUUUUAAAAAGUUUUUUAAAAAGUGCCACGAGGAUAAUAUAGGGGUGACUCUACACGAGGUGAAGGACAGAGGAUCGGAUGGUCAAAGUUUUGUCGAGCGGUUAGACAGAGAAGAAGGCAUAUACCUAAAGGAGCAACCCAUUCAUGUGAAGAGGGAGUUAUACCAGAAUGUGAAGUUCUGUUCAGCCCACUACUGCGAUUACUACUUCUUUAAAAACGCCCCUGUGGAGUGCCUCUUCGGGGGGGGAGAAAAGGGAGAGAAAAAAAUCUUCACAUUUAGUCUCUGCCUCAAGUACGUGAAGAACCACCUGUUCGUGCUGCUCCUAUUCAGUUGCAGCCCCCCCCAUAGAGCUGCAAAUCACAUUACCAACGCGGAAGGAGCCGUCCCCAACUUGGACGAAAUGGACAUGCACAACAAACACUUUAACCUGAACGAGUCAGACAAAAAUGUCUUCAAAAGGAACACUUUUUUUGUUCAUAAUUUGUAUGACCAGUUAAGGUGUAAAAUUUUGGGCCUUAUCAGCUUUGCGAGUUUCCCCCCAAAUGAUUACAUUGUGGGUAUCCAUUUGACCAAGCUGAAGAGGUGCAGCUGUUCCUCCUCCCCAGGAGGUUACUCCUUCAACGUGUAUUGCUUAUCCAAUGGGGGAGUCAUUUAUAUUUUUCUUUGCACCCUUAUGAGGAGAGAAAACCUUUGUGAGGAUUCUUUCCAGAUGCACGUUUGCAAGUAUUACCAUUUUGAGUUAAGGAGGAAGGGCACCUACCACAGCGUUAAAGUUGUCGAGUGCAGCUCGGCGUUCCUGCAUACUCUCCUCGGGGGGGGACUCCAAAGGCGCACGGGGAAGAAGGCCAACCAGAAGAGGAGCAACCCAAGAGGGGAGCAACUGACGCAGAGCAACAGAGGAGUAGCCCAUAUUUUAGAGGAAGAAACGGCUGCACCGCUCCACAGUGACAACCGUAGAGAAGCUCAAGGGGAUAUAACCUCCUCGAGGAAGAACCCAGAUGGGAAGAAACCCACCCGUGGAGGAACCCAAAUGGAAAAGUACAAACUGCUGUUUUUCAUAAUAACGAGCAAGUGCGACCUGUUCGUGGUCACCUUCAGGAGGAGGAAAAAAGGAGGGGAACUUGAAUUGCUGAAUUACUCCUGCACAAAUUGUGGCAACCCUAAUCAUAUCAUCCGGGGGGUGCUCGUCAAUAAGCACCAUUUUGGGAAGGCCGACGAGGGGGAGAAGGGACCAAAAGGGAACACUACAAUGGGGUACCCCAACGGAAGGACGCAUCAACACCAUCGUGCGAAACAGCCAAACAGGAGCUGCUCAAUAUUCGAGCUGCUGUGCUAUCUGCAAAACGGGGGAGUAAAGAAAUACAGCCUUGUCUGCACUGCGAAAGAACAACACCUGGAGUUUUUCCUCACCAAAAAUGAAAUGCCCAGGGGGGAACUCCUCUGCAAGAAGCAAUUCUUCAUUCCGAUCCUCUUCCCCUUUAAUGAGGAAGUGCUCAAAAGGAAGAAAAAAAAAAACGACAACAGUGUAACGCUGUACAACACACAAGCUAGCUAUUUUAAAAGCAUCUUUUUUAUUUACCACCAGGAGAAGCAAUAUGAAAAUGUGAGCCUCUGCGUAAAUGACCAGUGCCUGCUUAUCACGUAUGUGAAGUCCAUCUGUAAGUUACUGCGGCAGAUACGCGCACUGAUGGGGCGGGCGAAGAUCACCCAGGGGGAGCGGCACACCGGGGGGGACGUAACCUUCCACGACCAAGUAGGUACCCUUGAAAUGGGGGGAAAGGGCAACUCCAGAAGCGGUGAUGCGGACCUGUCACCUAACGAGCGAACCAACUGCCUAUUGGGGGAGGACCCCCUAAACGGGAACUUGUUCACACACAGGGAGCACAAGACGCACUUCUGGGAGUACAGGUACAUCCUCUUCGGCUUCUACGACUUGUUCUUAAUCAACCAGAAUAAUAGCAGCGUUGGCAAUGCGAGCGGUGGAAAUGCUAGCGGUGGAAGCGGCAACCCGGGUGCGAGCGAAAAGGGGAAAACGAGUCACACCGUAAAUACCAUACACACCGCUAACCCCGCGAACAGCGUGAACGCGUACGACGCGCACAGCCACUUCAAUUUCCUAAACAUAGUGAAGGACUGCCUACCCUUUGACGAUCUUGCCCGGGGGGGCCCGAACGCCCCAUGCAGGGAAAGCAAAAGGAAGGUGAAAAUGAAUUUUUACCUCUUCCUCCAGACGUUAAUCCAGUUUCAAGCGAACUACAUCAGCGAGGGCAACUCCUUUUUUCACUUAAUAUUUGAAGAGCUCUGCCAGGAAAAUGGUCACCCAGGUGGUGCCAAUCACACCCCUACUGUGGGGAGGAAGUCCUCAUCACCUCCAUUCAACCCCAUCGUAGACAUAAGGACCCACUUCUGCGUGCUGUUUGCCUUCCUCAUUCACAUGUACAAUUUUUGCUUGAAGAAAAACGGCAUCAUUAGUAGCGACUCCUUCAGCUCGCACAUCACCUAUUUUCUCAUUAGCAAGAAGACGCGCAGGAAUAGGAAGCGCUUCCGGUACGUUUACGGGCCGGGGGCCGGCGAGGUUGCGCAUUCCGGUAGUGGAAAUGGGCAUGCGGGUGGUAAUGCUAGUGGUAAUGAGAAUGGUCAUCAUGGUGACCAUGCGGGCGACACUGCAGAGGAGCGGGCGAACCUGCUCCCCGUGCGCAAGUGCCUGUACUACAUAAGCAAGGUGAGAAAGUACCUGCAUUACAUAUUUAGCGGCGCGGCGGAGAGUGAAAACGCAGAUUGGAUGGGCUCCCCUCCACACGUGCACCUACAUGUGUACCCGCUUCUAUACCUGUGCCAAGUCCUCUACAUCAUGCUGAACACGCUGCGAAUUAAUAAUACAAAUCUGUUUAUAAAUCUCAGCUACGACUUGAGGAAGAAUAAUUUGGACUACUUUUACCUCCUCCUGCUGCUCAAUUUCUAUGGCCUCCACGACAGUUUGAUUUCUCCUGGGGGGGUGGAGGACCCCCUCAGUGGAGGAGAGGGGGGAGAAGAAGACCUGCACCAAUUCUUCGGUCAAAUUUUUCAAAAAAAAAAAAUCCCCAAUGGAGACAAAACAAACGAUGAAGAAAUGGAAGGCAUCGAAAUUGACGAAGAUACAUUUGAAAGACACCAAGUGAUGAUACAUAAUUUUAUAAAAAGGAUAACAAGUGGGUUAAAGGAGGACCAUUAUGUGGUUGAGCGAAUUUAUUUUAAAAUCAACUGCGUCCUUUGUGGAAAGGCAUGUGUUUCAAAUUUGUAUAAUAAUUAUUACAUCUGCGAGGAGAGGCACAUUUUUAACAAGUGCAUGGUCACUCUGUGCUGUAUAAGCAAGAGUAGCCUGGUCAUCCCGAGCGUUUACCUUUCCCGCGAUUUAAGUAAACCCGUUUUUGAGGAGCCCAUCGGUACUUUACAGUUCAAUCUGCGGGUGAAAUUGGACUGCCCAUACUUUUGCUCCUUUUGCCAUUUGUUUAUGACCACUCAGAACGGCUUCUUCGCGAAGCACUUCCUGUUUAAGCAGUGCCCCUUUUGCAACCACCACUUGGUCGCCGUGUGA